AAACAGGAACACAAAUUAGCCAUAAUAUGGUGUAAUCGUUUAUUUCUGGCAUGCAGAACCCUCCUAGUUCACAUCUCCCACCAUAGUGGCAGCCAGAUGGGAUGAAGCUUUUGUGAAAUUCUACAUCUGUAACACCAUGGAAUUGCAUCUCUUGUUGAGCUGCAUUUUUUGUGUUUAUUGGGUUGCAUUAUUCAACUUUUGGGUGUUGAGCUUUUGUGAUUUCACUUCAUGACAGGUUGGAUUUGUGUUGCAGUAUUGCGUUUUUUAUGUUUAAGGCUUGUUGUUUUCUUCCUUUUUAUUUCUGAGCAUUGCCAUUUUCUCAUUGCAAGGUGUUUGUAGUUUAUCCAUACGGUUGUCUCUCUGCCACAGGGGCUGCAACUUCAAGGGUGGUACUGGACUACUUCAGAACCUCCUCUGUAUGUUGUGGAUCACCAUGGAGGAGGGCUUCCGAUGGAGCAGACCGGGCUCCUUCGUCCUGUACGCCGUCGUCUUGUUGCUGUCGGCGGCCGUGUCGGAGGCCAACAUCGGCGAGUUCGACGACUACUGGCGGCAGCGCAAGCUCAUGGCGGACGCCGCCGCGGAGGCCACCUACCAGCACGACCCCAUUGAGGUUCCCAACCAACUCAACCGCGCCGUCCACAGAUCGAUUAAGAAGGAGGAUAUCAGCACGAGGAGGGAGAUGCUCGGGCAGAAGAAGGGCAAGAUGAACGGGCCGUGCAAGGCGACGAACCCGAUCGACCGUUGCUGGCGGUGCCGGAAGGACUGGGCGACGGACCGGAAGCGCCUGGCUCGGUGCGCGCAGGGGUUCGGCCGGAACACCACCGGCGGGCUCGCCGGCAAGUUCUACGUGGUCACCGACGGCACCGACGACGACGUGGUGAACCCCCGUCCCGGCACGCUCCGGUGGGCCGUGAUCCAGAUCGAGCCGCUGUGGAUCACCUUCGCCAAGACGAUGAUCAUCACGCUCAAGGAGGAGCUCAUCAUCCGCGGCGACAAGACCAUCGACGGGCGCGGCGUGCAGGUGCGCAUCGCCAACGGCGCGCAGCUGACGGUGCAGUUCGCCAACAACGUCAUCAUCCACAACAUCCACAUCAACGACAUCAUCUCCUCCAACAAGAACGGCGGCAACAUCCGGGACUCGCCGGACCACUUCGGCUGGCGCACCGUCUCCGACGGCGACGGCAUCACCGUCUUCGGCUCCACCAACGUGUGGCUCGACCACCUCUCCCUCUCCAACUGCCAGGACGGCCUCAUCGACGUCAUAGCCAAGUCCACCGGCGUCACCAUCUCCAACUGCCACAUGACCAACCACAAUGACGUCAUGCUCUUCAGCUCCAGCGACAAGCACCCCGAGGACCAGAUCAUGCAGAUCACCGUCGCAUUCAACCACUUCGGCAGAGGACUCGUGCAGAGGAUGCCCAGGUGCCGGUGGGGAUUCUUCCACGUGGUGAACAACGACUACACGCACUGGCUCAUGUACGCCAUCGGCGGCAGCAAGGCGCCGACCAUCAUCAGCCAGGGCAACCGCUACAUCGCGCCGCCCAACCUCGCCGCGAAGCAGGUCACCAAGCAACACGACGCGCCGGAGUCGGAGUGGAAGAACUGGGUGUGGCACUCGGAGGACGACCUCUUCAUGGAGGGCGCCUACUUCACCGUCACCGGCGGCCAGAUCAACAGGCAGUUCAACAAGAAGGACCUCAUCAAGCCCAAGCCCGGCUCCUACGUCACCAGGCUCACGCGCUUUGCAGGCUCCCUCGACUGCAAGCCCGGCAAGCCCUGCUAGAGCGGCGAGAUCAUCAAAGGUGGUGGCCGACACAUUUCUAGCAGUUUUGUAACCUUUAAUUUCGUCAUGCAAAUUAAUUGAAGUAAUUCGUAAUGUACUAGAACAGUCUCAACAAAUCUGUGGGGUUAAUUCAGAGGACCCUAUAGGUUGUUCAUGCACUCGCCGCUUGCCAUGUAACAAAGAGGGGAGGUGAAAGUGGGCGUGUUGCAAGUUAACAGGACAAUGGAAGACCAUGUUUGUAUGUAACUCUGCAUAUCGUUGCUGGAGAUCAUGACUGAGAAAAUGCAUAUAUGCC